CGCUUGUGUUGAGUGUUGUCACUAGAUGGCAGUAGCGGCCUAACAAUGACUUUGACAUCUGAACGGAACAGCACCGAGGAAGAAGACAACUGUCACAGGUCACCGGUGUCCUGAGAACUGAAACAGAUCGUCAUGGCCAAGAAGAGAGCAAACCGUGAGACAGAGAACAGUCCUCUGGUCGAGCCGGAACCGAGGCCCUCCAACGAAACACCAGAUCCCAAAGGAGUCCAGUCACCCGGAGGAGCCUCUGCACGCAUGUCAAUCCUCCUCCUCGUCUCCAUCUUUGCCUGUUCUGCUUGUGUCAUGUAUCUAGUGUUCAGAAAUUUCCCAGAGCUGAGCGAAGACGAGAAAGGAAAAAUCAAAAUUCCUAAAGACAUGGAUGAUGCCAAGGCUUUGGGCACAGUGCUGUCUAAAUACAAGGACACAUAUUACACCCAAGUGCUUGUAGCAUACUUUGCUACAUAUAUCUUCCUUCAGACGUUUGCCAUCCCAGGCUCCAUAUUCCUCAGUAUACUGUCUGGUUAUCUCUACCCUUUCCCGCUCGCUCUCUUCCUCGUCUGUCUGUGUUCAGGCCUUGGAGCAUCUUUUUGCUAUAUGUUGUCUUAUUUAGUCGGGAGGCCGAUGGUCUACAAGUACCUCACAGAGAGAGCUCAGAAAUGGUCACAACAGGUGGACAAGCAUAGAGAACACCUCAUCAAUUACAUCAUUUUUUUGAGAAUCACUCCUUUCCUUCCGAACUGGUUCAUCAACAUCACCUCACCGGUCAUUAAUGUGCCUCUGGGUGUCUUCUUCCUGGGCACCUUUCUCGGAGUGGCCCCUCCGUCGUUUGUGGCGAUUAACGCAGGGACGACGCUGUACAAACUGACCACAGCUGGCGAGGCCGUGUCCUGGAACUCUCUCAUCGUCUUGGGGGUUUUAGCUGUCGUCUCCAUCCUGCCCGUCUGCUUUCAGAAGAAACUCCAGCAGAAGCUUGAGUAGAGAUCUCCACCCCUGCUUGGUUCAACUCAGGAAUGAAACUUCUCCUUGCUUUCUUCUCUUCCUUUAUGCAUGAACGACAAACCCUCAUUUCUUCAUAUGAUGGGCUGUCAGGACUGGCCUUCCAUAGUUUGGACAGGACUUUCAUGGGAUAAAACUUCUAUCAUCACUUAUUAUCCAUCAUCAUUAGCGUUAAGCAAUAUUUCCCACAUCAAUAUCUUCAGUCAGUGGAUUUCAAAUCUCUCGAUAUUUUCUCCAAAACAGUUAUGAAUAAUGUGUGAUGCACUGGAAGAGACAUUUUCACUCCCUCUGAAGUUGCUGAGCUAAAAUGGAAAGUGCCAACUUCUACUUCUUUGGUCUUACAGCUAAUUUAAUAUUCAAAUGUGUUAUUACAUGCUUCAGAGACUUUUCGAGGGUGAGCUUUGUGGGUUUACAGAUUUUAUUUCUAAUUCUGAUCUUCUUAUGCCAGCUUAGACUGCAGUUGGGACCCGAUCUCUUAACAGUUUCCUGUGAACCGCUGCCGACUGUAGAUGGUAGUGCUUAGCUCUUGGUAUAGACCUAAAAUACUCAUAAAUAUGGAUGAUGCCACAUUAGUAUUACAGAUCAAGACUGUAGAUUGCAUUUAGAUGGUUUUGCCUUAAUAUAACAGGUUACUUGAAGUAAAAGAAAUGGAACGAAUAGCCUGA